GAAAUUCGAAAAUACGUAUAUACAUCUGUGCUUAUUGAUCAACUUCGAUACAAUACCAUUUUUUUUCCGUUGCUAAAUAUUUUUAAUAGUAUUGAAUCACAUCCGUACAACAUGGCGUCUCCAACUGAUGCUGGACCUGUACAAGAAGUAGCAACAGAUCAGUAUAGCCCAACUACAGAUGAUAAAGAUAAAUUGAUCCUUGGUAAGAACCCAGAAAGAUCUGAAUUAUCACCUUUGCAGAUUCAAGAUUGCAAUCAAACACCACAACCUCCAAGUGAAACUUUAAAAAUAUUAAUAGUCUCGUCAAUAAUCUUCUCAGUCGGUGUUACUGUAGCUCUAAUUCUCACAAUUUAUCUUGGUCCGCCACAGGUAGAACCAACUGGAGCAGUUGUUUGUGAUGUUCCCAAGUGUUCAGAUUUAGGAAGGAAAAUACUCGAGGAUGGGGGCUCAGCCGUUGAUGCAGCUGUUACUACAACUUUAUGCGUUGGUUUAGUAGAUGCCCAAUUUUCAGGAGUUGGAGGGGGUGGUUUCAUGGUUGUGAGAAAACAUAAACAAGAUGUGAAUUUGGCUAUCGAUUUCCGUGAAACAGCUCCUGGAAAAACAACAAAAGAGAUGUUCAAAGGAAAAGAAAACUCACUAUUUAAAAAUGGAUUAUCCGUUGCUGUACCAGGGGAGAUUAAAGGACUAUACGAAGCUCAUCAGAAAUUUGGACAAAAAAGCUGGAAAGAUGUUGUAAUGCCAGUUGUGAAAUUAGCAAGAGAUGGUUUUGAGGCUACUGCUGAUAUGAUUAGGGUUUUAGAGAAAGAGAAAGACCUCAUAAAGAAUACUUAUGCAGAUCCACAAAAGCAUUUAAGAACUAAUUAUUUUAAUGGAGAAAACAUAAUAAAGAAAGGAGAUAAAAUUAAAAGAACCGUGUUCGCAAAUGUUUUGGAGAAGGUUGCUCUAAACGGACCUGAUGCAUUCUAUAAGGGUCCUAUUGCUGAAAAUAUUGUUAGUGCUGUAAAUAAAAGUGGUGGAAUUAUGACAUUAUCGGAUCUUGCCAAUUAUAAAGUUAAGACUUAUGUACCGGUUACUUCAGAGUUUUUAGGGAAUAUUCUACAUAUGCCUAGCUUUCCCAGUGGAAGUCCGGCAACAGCUUUAAUCUUAAAUAUCUUAAAGAAGUACAAAUUAAAAAAAGCUGAUAAAAAAGAUCCUCUUUUUUAUCAUAGAUUUAUUGAAGCUACUAAAUUUGCAAGGUCUCUCUGGCUAAAUAAAUCAGGGGAUUUAAUGAACAAUGAAGAACCUAAACACCUUGUUACUUCUGUGUUUCUCAACGAAACAGUUGCUGAAAGGUUAAAAGAUUUAAUCAAUGAUAAUUCCACAAAUGAUGAGGACUUCUAUAAAUUUCCAAACGAGCCAUUAUCUUUUGGUACUUCACAUAUUUCUGUUAUCGGCCCUUCAGAGGAUUUAGUUUCUCUCACAACGACAAUAAAUAUGCAUUUUGGAGCAGGAGUAGUAACAAAAGAUGAUGUUAUUCUGAACAAUGAAAUGGCCGAUUUCUCUAUUCCGGGAUUACAUGAAGACGAGUUUAAUUUUCCUGAACCUUUUAAAAGACCCAGAUCUGCAAUGGCUCCAGUUAUUUUAAGGAAAAAGGACUCUCAGUGUGGCCUGAGAUUAAGUGUUGGGGGCGUGAAUGGUAGCAGGAUUUUUCCAGGUGUAGGACAAGUAAUAUCAAACAUAGUCGGACUGCAGAUGAAUAUAUCGGAAGCUAUAAAAGUACCAAGAUUGUUUCCUGUCGUAACUACGAGGGUUGUUGAAUAUGAUCGACCGGAUGAAAUAGGUGGUCUUAAAGAAGCAUUAGAAAAGAAAGGGCAUAAACUUAAAAUAGAUAACAAUGGAGUUAACUUGGUAAAUUUAGCCGGAAAGUUAGAUGAAGAUAUCAUUGGAUACGCAGAUCCAAGACGUGCUGGAAAAGCUUCUGUAUUUUAG